AUGGCGGUCGAAAUAGAGUCAGCAGAUGUUGUACGUCUGAUCGAGCAGUACUUAAAGGAAAACAAUUUACUGAGGACAUUGUCAGUGCUUCAAGAGGAGAGUGGAAUCUCACUCAAUACUGUCGACUCUGUGGAUGGGUUUGUGUCGGAUAUCAACAGCGGUCACUGGGACACAGUGCUGCAGGCCAUACAGACUCUUAAGCUCCCUGACCAGAAACUUAUCGACCUCUAUGAACAGAUUGUGCUGGAGCUGAUAGAAUUACGAGAGUUAGGAGCAGCCAGAUCUUUACUGAGACAGACUGACCCCAUGAUAAUGAUGAAACAGAACCAGCCAGACCGAUACAUCCAUCUGGAAAACAUGCUUGCACGAUCUUACUUUGAUCCCAGAGAGGCAUACCAAGAAGGUCAGACCAAAGAAAGGAGAAGGAACGCCAUAGCAACAGCCUUGGCUGGAGAGGUCAAUGUUGUACCACCCUCCCGUCUACUGGCUCUGUUAGGACAAUCUCUCAAGUGGCAGCAGCAUCAGGGACUCCUACCCCCAGGGACAACCAUUGAUGUGUUCAGAGGAAAGGCCGCGGUGAAGGAACAAGAAGAAGAAAAAUUCCCCACACAACUCAGCAAGACCAUCAAGUUUGGACAGAAAGCCCAUAUAGAGUGUGCCCGCUUCUCCCCAGAUGGUCAGUACCUGGUCACUGGGUCUGUCGAUGGAUUUGUAGAGGUCUGGAACUUCACCACUGGUAAAAUCAGAAAAGAUCUGCGAUACCAAGCCCAGGACAAUUUUAUGAUGAUGGAUGAUGCUGUGUUGUGUAUGACGUUCAGUCGAGACUCAGAAAUGAUGGCAACAGGAGCUCAGGACGGUAAAAUAAAGGUUUGGAAGAUUAUGACUGGUCAAUGUUUGCGGAGGUUUGAACGUGCCCACAGUAAAGGCAUCACCUGUGUUAGUUUCUCUAAAGAUAACAGUCAGCUUCUGAGUGCUUCCUUUGACCAGACCAUCAGAAUCAAUGGUCUAAAGUCUGGGAAAACUUUGAAAGAGUUCAGAGGUCACACAUCUUUUGUUAAUGAUGCUGUCUUCACAUCGGACGGCCACCAUAUCAUCAGUGCCAGCUCUGAUGGUACAGUGAAGGUUUGGAAUGUAAAGACGACUGAGUGCCAGAACACGUUUAAACCCCUUGGGGGUACGGGAACAGAUAUCACUGUACAUAGUAUACAUCUCCUACCCAGGAUGGCAGAACAGUUUGUGGUCUGUAACAGGUCAAACACAGUCGUCAUCAUGAAUAUGCAAGGACAGAUUGUUAGGAGUUUCUCCAGUGGUAAGCGAGACGGCGGAGAUUUUGUAUGUGCCACUGUCUCUCCCCGUGGAGAAUGGAUCUACUGCACAGGAGAGGAUAUGGUUCUUUACUGCUUUAGUGUGACAACAGGCAAACUAGAGAGGACACUGACGGUACAUGAAAAAGAUGUAAUAGGUAUAGCACACCAUCCACAUCAGAAUUUGAUUGGCACAUAUUCAGAGGACGGACUUCUCAAGCUCUGGAAACCCUGAUCUUCAUCGUGUUUCAUCAGACAAUUCACCAGGCUUUCAUCACUUCAUUCUGUCUAUAUUAGGGAUAUUGACUUCCUGAUAAAACUGUAUUCUGUUGGAGGGUCAGGAUGUUAUGGCAACAAGGCCAGGACCUAGAAUUAGUAAACAAUUCUAAAACAACUUGAGUCAUUAAAGUCUCUGGAUUUCUGUAGACUUAGCAUCAAUAUGACUGUAAGACAACAUGAAGAUAUUAGAAAAAGCAUUUCAAAUUUUUCUAAAUUUUGCACUAGAUAAUUCAAAAUUUGAAUGAUGUUUUUGUAAGUUUUCAGGUUCUUAAUCUCUUAAUGUUGAUCAUUUGAUUGAAAAAAAUGAAUGAAUGAUGUCCAGAUUUACACAAAAACUUAAAUCUCUGUCAGUGGUUAGCUCUGAUUAUUGAUUAUAGGCACAAAACUUUGCACAACAGAAAAUGAAAAUGAUUUCAAUGGUUGUCAAGAUUUUGAUAAAUAUAUGAAUUGAAAAUUAUUAACAAGUAACAAAGGCUUAAUACUAAGCAAAAUAAAAUUUUAGAAAAAAUUUAGAAUUGAAGCUAACAAUAACUGCUUUAAUAUCAUUGUGUAUAAGAUGCAAUACUAUAUGGUGUUCCUACAAAAUAUUCUCAUAUUUCAUUAAAUGAUUAUAUGAUGAUUAUAACAGAGUGACGAUUGAAUGAUGAGGAUUUUUGUGUAACUGUACAAUUUAAUGAUAAAUUGAAACAAUAUACAGGUAAUCUCUUUAUCAGUGAAAACCACUUAAUGUCACAUUCCACUUAUUAUCACAUUUCCCCUGACAAAUGGAACAUGAUAUUAAGCAGUUUCCUCUGUGCUCAGACUGUGGGUAUUAUUUUUGCCCUCAUAUAAAACUGUUCAAUUUUAUCCAGUGUAAAUUUAGUCAUAGAACAUAUAUGACU